UCUUGCGCUCUUCUUAGUCCUGUCCUCUUGUAUACUUCAAUUAUUAUGCAUGUGAGGGAGACGUCGCAUGGACCAGUUUGCCACAGAUUACGUGCUGUGGAGCAAGAUUCGGGAAGAAAAAGCGCAAGAACCAACAGCAGAUGACGAUAACAGCAGGCGAGUGGCUACGGAUGCUCAGAAACCAGAGCACCGCAGUGGUCGAGACCGUGCAAGAAAUCCAUUCCCGGUACAUGAUCCUAUAGGCUGCGACGAUGAGCGGCGCCGCCGGCAGGCGGCGGCGGGGCACGAAUUCCAGCUCCAGCUCCAUCGCCCCGUCCCCAUCCCCGACCUCCUCUUCCUCGUCCUCCGGCCGCCCGGAGCCGCGGCCCUCCCAGCUCCCGCAGUGGAAGUUCUCCCAGGUCCUCGGCGACCUGCCGCACGCAGCCGCCGGCGACCGCCGCUGCAACGCGGACGAAAUCUUGGCCAUCGAGUUCGACGCCCGCGGCGAGUACCUGGCCGCCGGCGACCACGCCGGGCUCGUCAUCCUCUUCCGGAGGGCCGACGAGGACGUGGCGCGGCCUCGCGCCGAGCUGGAGCGCACGGACCGCGCCGGCGCGCCGCCGCCGAGGUACAGCUUCGCGACGGAGUUCCAGAGCCACGAGCCGGAGUUCGACGUGCUGCACAGCCUGGAGAUCGGCGAGAAGAUCAAGAAGGUGAGGUGGUGCGCGCGGCCGAACCGCUCCCUGUGCCUGCUCGCCACGAACGACCGCACCGUCAAGCUCUGGAAGGGCAGGUCUCGGAACACAAGGCGCCGCCGAAGGAAGGGGACGGCGAGCCGCGCCGGAGCGCGAGCACCGCAGGGGCGUCGCUGCCUCUGCAGGAACCACGCUCGGAACGGGCAACCACGAAACCGAGGGGCUCCUCUGCAGAUUCAUCCGACCAAAUUGAAAAGGUAGGUGAUGUGGGCGAUGGGUACUCUGCAAAGUGCCGGAGAGUCUUCGAUCGCGCUCACGAGUUCAACGUCAACUCCAUCUCGAAUAACUGUGACGGGGAGACGUUCGUGUCCGCGGACGACCUGCGUAUCAACCUGUGGCACCUGGAGGUGACGAGCCAGUGCUUCAACAUCGUCGACAUGAAGCCCGCGGACAUGGGGGAUCUCGUAGAGGUGAUCACCACGGCCGAGUUCCACCCGUCGUUCUGCAGCCUGCUGGCCUACGGCAGCUCCAGCGGCCUCGUCCGGCUGGUCGACCUGCGGCGGUCGGCGCUGUGCGACCAGAGCGUCAGAACAUUCCGGGAUCGCGGGAGCCGCCCUCAACCCAGCACGUUUUUCACCGAGAUAGUCUCCUGCAUCACCGAUCUGAAGUUCACUGGAGAGGGGAGACACCUUCUAACUCGUGACUACAUGAACCUCAAGCUCUGGGACAUGCGCGUGGAGAUCUCACCCGUCGCCACAUACAAGGUGCACGAGUUCCUUCGCCCAAAGCUGUCAGAGUUGUACACCGAGGACUACAUCUUCGACCGGUUCAGCUGCUGCGCCAGCAAGGACGGGAGCUACUUUGCGACUGGAUCUUACAGGUUCUCACUACUGAAACGCAUGGGCUUAGUCUGUACUGAUCUCGUUCUCCCCUUCCUGUUCCUGGCCAUUUCCUCAUCGUUUCUGGUUCUUAUGAUAAGCAGCAACACGUUCAAAGUUUUCUCCCGUACUGCUUCACAGACCACUGGUAUUACGUUAGAAGCUAGCGCCAAUCCUUACAGGGUACAACCACAAACUUCUGCAAAGAUUCCAGCACUGCUCAGCAAUUUCUCCCUCGGAGUCAGUAGAAAAGGUCAGGAUGGUCCCAGGUCAGACGGCAAGGAGGAAAUUCCAUGCAACAUGGCAUCAAGGGUCACACAUCUGGCUUGGCAUCCAACGGAGAAUUUCAUCGUUUGUGCAGCCAAUAACAGCUUGUACAUGUACCAUACAUAAGCACACUCAUGUCAUAUGUACAGAACAAAUUGCAGAGUAGCAUUCAUAACUAUUCAAGUCGAGAAAGGAAGAUGCUCUGCCACGUUACAAUGCGUGUUUUGAGCAAAAUAUCUAACUGAAUGUACAUUGUUCGAAAUCUUCAGCAGAUCAGAGAAAUGAAAAGACGCUCCUGCAAUUAA